UUCAAUUCCAAACACUUCUGCUUUCUUUGCGCAGACGGGGUGGAGAAGAAAACACCUCACUUCUGAGCGCGUAUCAGGAAGUCUGAGCUUUAUCAUAGAAUACUGUCCAACUGCAAACUCCGGAUCCAGGCAGUCAUGCCGUAUUUUUCAGGAGCUUCCUUUCUGCAACUCACCAGUGAGAGGGACCUAAACGCUCACAUCGACAGUGAACUGCAGAUGACCGAGUCUGACAGAGUGCGGUACAACAAGGUUCUAGACGGCCUGUACCGGACACUGCAGACUGAGGUCAGGUACAACAACGUCACUGUCAACCGCCUGGUAAAGGGAGGUUCGUAUGGCAGGGGAACGGCGUUGAAGGACAGGUCUGACCUGGACGUGACGCUUUUCUUGAACGGAAUUUCCAGUAUGGCGGACUUUCGCGGGCAGCAAAGCAGUAUUAUUGACCGCGUUGCAACAACACUGGAACGCUCCAGUUGGGCUCGUGAGAAUGGAGUUGCCAGGGUUAUUGCACAGCCAAACGCUGCCACAUUGGUGCUGGAGAGAGGAAACCAUCGAAUGGAAGUUGACAUCGUGCCGGCUUACGACAAUCUUGGUGCAGUCAGCAACCCAAUGUUACGCAAUGAAGUGUACCAGUCCAUGAGAGGCCAGGACCCGUACAAGUACUCGGCGUCCUUCGUCGGGCUUCAGGUCGAGUUUGUGCGAGAUCGUCCCGCUCGACUUAAGAACCUCAUCCGACUCGUGAAGUCCUGGAAAAAGGCACAAGAUGAGCGAUUCACGAGGGAGCGUGGCUCCAAAACGAAGCUUGGUUCCUCCUGGCUUUGGGAGCUCAUCUGUAUCUACGUGUGUGAAACAAAAGUGGGCUCAACAUCAAGCUUCAACAUGAGACAGGCCUUUAAGAUGGUUAUGCAGACAGCGGUAAACUACAGCAGUCUCCAGGCAUGGUGGAAAACGUACUACUCCGACAGGUUUCCAGUGGUUCGCGAGAAGUUGUCUUCCACAGGAAGCCCGUUGGUCCUGGACCCGGCGAACCCCUGGGAUAACGUUGCGGACCGCUGUAAGCAUUGGUGCCUGGUGGAGCAGGCUGCACGGGAAGCUCUGCAGAGUCCGCUGUUGGCGUAUGUGUAGAUAUACAACACUACAGAUGGCUGAUAUAAUCGCCUGUUCACUCAAGUGUCUUACUCUUGUGAAAAGCAUUAUUUGCAAAGUCUGCUUGA